AUGGUUGUGUUGCUGUUCUUGAGUGUGGGUUUGACCACUCUCGUCAAAGCAAGCAUGUCUAAAGGCAUGAGCAAUUUCGUUUUCGCCGCCUAUUCAAACCUCUUCGGAUUUUGUCUCCUGCUACUUGCAACUACCUUUCAUUACAGGAACACACCUCCCAAACCGCUCAACAGCUCCAUUCUCUUCAGAACUUUUCUCAUCGGCUUCCUCAGCGUUCUCAUUCAGACGCUUAUUUAUACUGGGCUUGGAUAUAGCUCCCCCACUCUCACCUCAGCCAUAGAAGAUCUACUUCCAGCUUUUACUUUCUUAAUUGCCGUUGUUUUCAGGAUGGAAAAAUUGGACCUAAAACUAAGAAGCUGCCAAGCAAAAACCAUAGGGACUGUGGUCUCAAUUGGAGGGGCAUUAAUAGUGACUUUAUACAAAGGUUUGCCUAUGACAAGUGGUGUGAAUUUAUUUCUCCCAUCUCAACAAUCACAAUGGAUACUAGGAGGGCUUCUCCUAGCAGCUGGUACCUUUGCUGCUUCAGUCUCACUUGUUAUCCAGACAUGGACAAUUAAGGACUACCCAGAGGAGCUAAUGCUAACAACCAUUGCUACCAGUUUCUCUGUAAUCUUAUCUUUCAUAGUAGCUUUUGUUGCAGAGGAAAAUCCUAAGGCAUGGAUACUCAAGCCAGAUAUGGAAUUGGUGUGCAUAUUGUAUUCAGCCAUUUUUGUGAUGUCUACACGAAGUGUGGUGUAUGCAUGGGCAUGUCGAAAAAAGGGACCUGUAUAUGUUGCUAUGUUCAGUCCUUUAGGAAUUGUCAUUGCACUUGCUAUGGGGAAUAUAUUUUUGGGAGACACUCUAUAUCUUGGAAGUGUGAUUGGAGCUGCUAUAAUAGCUUUUGGGUUUUAUGGUGUAAUAUGGGGUCAGGCUCAAGAGGAAAAUAUCUGUGAAAAAUAUGGAACCUCUAACAUUAUUUCAUCGUCAUCAUCAUCACCUUGUUCUGAAGCUACUCUGCUGCAUAAAAGCAAAGACACAAGUUCUUAUGUAUGA